AUGGCGUCCACAAAUCUCCCCACUGAGAUGAAGGCUUUGAGAUACAACAAACCUGAGGACUUCGAAAUUGUCAAAGUCCCGCUCCCCACGCUCCGCGAUGGCGAUGUCCUCGUCAAGCACAUCCACGAAGGCGAGUUCAUCGCCGAGUUCCCGCUCAUCCCCGGCCACGAGACCAUCGGCAUCGUAGCGGCCGUCGGCCCCAAGGUGGUGGGUUUCAAGGUCGGCGACCGCGUGGCUGCCGACAACUCAGAGCUUUGCGAGCACUGCUUCUACUGCCGUCGUGGCGAAGGCUUGCUUUGUGAGAACUGGACCGGCCAUGGCAUCAACCUGCCCGGCGGUUUCGCCGAGUACUGCGCCUACCCGCAAGCCAAACUCUUCCAGAUCCACAACCUAACCGACAUCGAAGCGACCCUGAUCGAGCCUGCGUCCUGCGCCGCCCAUGGGCUUGACAAGAUCCGUCCGCGGCUGGGCUCCAGCGUGCUCAUGUUUGGUGCUGGGCCCACGGGUUUGAUGCUCGCCCAACUCCUCCGCCAAAACGGCGUGACCCAGCUCACGCUCGCGGCCCCAGGCGGGUUGAAGAUGGAGCUAGCCAAGCAGCUAGACGCAGCCGACACAUACAUCGAGCUGUCGCGGUCUGAUCCGUCGGCACAGUUUGAGCAGAUCAAAAAGGACAACCCGCACGGGUUUGACAUUGUGGUGGAGGCGACGGGGUCGCCUAAGAUUUUGGAGGACGCGAUUAAUUACUGCCGGAGGGGUGGGACGUUGGUUGUUUAUGGCGUAUACGCCAAAGCAGCUAAAGUCAGCUGGCCCCCCUCUAAGAUCUUCGGCGACGAGCUGAGGAUCAUCGGAUCUUUUUCCGAAGUCCACAUGUUCCCGCAAACCGUCGACUAUCUCGACUCAGGCAAGAUCAAGACCAAGGGCAUUGUCAACAAGGUUUUCAAGUUGGAACAGUAUGGUGAGGCGUUGGAGAGCAUCCGGAACAAGUCGGCUAUCAAGGCCGCUAUUGUGUUUGAGGAUUGA